UGAAGUGUGUUAUUCAACAUUUAAACUUGGAGGACAAAGAAGUCAUUGCGCAGCGUUAGAUAGCUGUUCGUACAAGUUAUACGGCCGCUAUCUUAAUCUUCACGCUGAAGAGGCUCCCUGAAGCGCUCUGGGACUAAACUUGACUUUCUUUGUCGUAUGGCUGCAGAUCCGUGAGUGAGGAGGAUGAUGUCUUCAGCGCUGUACUACAACCAGGACAAUGCCACGCGCUUCAAGAAAAGGAAGGCUCGCUUUUCCUUCAGUGAAGUCCACAUCCUGCUGGAUGAAGUGCGGAAGCACCGCAUGGUGGUUGUGGGCAAAUUCAACAGAGGUGUUCCCACAGACGUGAAGAAGCGCACCUGGGCAGAGAUCACCGCUCGUGUCAACGAGAUUGGGGAGUGUCAGCGAGAGAUCAUCGAGGUCAUUAAGAAAUGGUCUGACCUGAAGUGUGACACCAAGCGGAAGGUGGCCGCCAUGCGUUCAGGGACGGUGCCCCACAGGGGCCUGAACUCCCGGAUGUCCCGAGACCUGAAUCAGACAGAGAAGAUAGUCCUGCAGAUUCUGGAGAUGGAUGGCGAGGAUCAGAGCACCGAGGACUUUUGCCCACUGGGGGAGGAUGAUGAUGAUGUUGCAGAGGAGGAGGAAGAGAUGGAAGAGGAGGACAUGAUUGGAAUGCAGAGUUCUCCUAACGGUGGGGUGGACAUGGCACAGAUGCCUCCUCCAACGUCCUACAGCGCAGGCGGCCUUCUGUCCUCAGGGGACUCGUCUCAGGCAGCUUACGAUGUGCAGUAUGAAGUUCCUGCCACAGAAGAUCCGGAAGCUGGGUUUGGAGAUUCAGAGGAUGAUCAGAGGGAAGAGACUCCUUCAUCUCGGCCAUCCAAAGCAGCAGAAGAUCACCAGGUUAACAACGGCAUCCCAAAGCAAACGCAGCCUCAGGCGUCGUCUGCGGCGAGGCCUCCGCGCGCGGCGGCGGCGGCUGCAGGGCACAGCUCCAGGGACAGCAUGCUGCAGAACGCCUCCCUGAGCCUGCAGGAGCAGCACGCCACCAACAUCCUGCUGGAGACGGUUUCUCGCUCCCUGGAGCUGCUGUCGGAGUCGGUGCAGCAGCUGGCAGAAACUCAGCAGGAGUUUGUGCGCGAGUCGCUGCAGCUGCAGCGGGAGACCGUGCAGGUCCUCAGAGACUUCACAGGGGGGGCCAUCGCGCUCCUGCACGACAAACUGAACGGGCGCCCCGCAUUGUAGCUGCAGCAGAGGUUGUGUCAACGACUCUUGCCCUUCAGGCUCGGGGACCUGUAAUUUAUGGACCCUCCUCCGGUCACUGUCAGUUUUUAUAGUAUCAAAGCGGUUUUCUCUGGUUACAUUUGGAGCCGGAACAACGGCGGUUCCGUUUGAGACUGUAUGACAGGUCUGACAGAUGAACCAAUACUAGCCCAAAGAAGGAUCAUGGAGGCUGUUUCUGUUUUACCUGAAGGUGAGAGUGCUGCCACCACGUUAACCCUUUAACACCAGAGCUCCACUGCUGACAUUCUUUUGACUACUGUGAGAGAAAAGCAGCUUUGUGCUGUUAUUCUGUUGCUUAACUCUGCAAAGCUGCUUUUCAUCCAAAUCUGCUGAUUCAUGUUGAUGGUGUGAACGGGAUGUCAAAGAGGUUGUGUUUGUCGCUGAAACACCUCCGGUGUUAAAGGGUUAAAAGUCUUCUUUGUAGUCAUGUUAAGUUCAUAUUUUGACAUGAUUACGUGUACUGUGGUGGUUAAGUGUUUGACCAUUAUAUGGUCUUUUUGUCUCCACUGGUGCGUUCAAUGUCUGCAAAGAUUCUUAGUCACCCAGUCAUGUUAUUACUGGAUUCUGUUCUUCAGCUGUUCUUCAAAGGGCCUAUAUCAUGCUAUUCUCAAGCCUUUCAGACUAAAUUAUAUCCAUAAAUAUCAUCAUAUUUUACCCUUUGCCACACUUAAGAAUGAUUUAAAAAAAGAAAGAAUUAUUGGUUAUUUUUGCAGUUCAGUUUCCAACCUGGAACUAAGACGACUCGAUCUCUGAGGCUCCGCCUUCCUCUCCGUGUGGGUACUGCCCUUUUCAUGACAUCAUCAUCAUCCAUUUCACCUGCAAAAACAAAUGACAUCCAAACUUUUACAGGGAUGGAUGUGCAUAUAGUGGAUAUGAAAGGAAAGAGUUUAGCUGAUCACUGCUAGCUCCAUGGGUGUGUGUUAGCCUGUUAGCUGACAGCGCAGACUCUUCCUGGAAGGGGCGGUUCCUCAGUUUGUGACAUCACACUUUGAGAACCCUCUCGUUUCUGUGGAUUGGGAGUGGCUGAUGCUCAGAGAGCAGGUUUUUAGAGGAACACUCAGAGAUGCAUGGAUCAAAAUACAGCUUUAAGGUUUCUUUUCAUGAGGAAUGAACAUUAUAAGACAUUUAAAAGUUGAUUUUUCAUGAUAUAAGUCCCUUAAAGUCUGAUCCAGAAGGCGUUUCUCAGAUCAUCAGAGGAUCUUUUAGAAUUCUGAGAAUUCAGGUUGUUUAUGUUCUUAACAUCUUUGCCCCACAGACCCACCUACACCCCCACCAAUCACUCUGAUCACCACUGGAUCAGUAACAUUUGCUUGUGUUUCACCACACCUCUGAAGCAGUCGGCACAUAACCUGAAUUCUCAUCAGCAGCUGGAGCUCAGGAAGAAACAUCUGGAUCAUCCUUGGGGUUCAGCCCAAGAACAGAAUGCAGUGAUGGGAUGUAUUCAAUGUUCUGAUUGUUGUUUUUCUUUUACAUCCCAAACAGGAGCGUUGAAACAGAUGUUCUUUGAGUUGUGGAGUAAAGCCCUGGUGUUGUGAAGCUUCA